AUGUCCACCUGCCAUUUAGAAUCACUUCCAUUUGUUCCACUUUGUCGCCUUCUUAAAGCAAUGAGCAUUUACAAUCUAGUCCAACUAUCUAGAACUGGUAAACUCUGGAAAGAAGAAAUUCAGAAAAUGCGAGUAAUCCAAUCGGGUGGAUACAAAAUUUGCAUCGAUGAAAUCGGUUCGAGUAUUGAGAUGUCGAAGCAAGACUGCAAAUUCUAUUGGAAUCGAAAGGAAAAAUCGAAACUUUUGGGAUAUGUUCUUGGAUGUUACCGAUAUUUGAGUACGAUAUUUCCCGGAGGAAUCAAUCAUCUCAAAAUCUGUCCAACUCAUAUUUCGGAUUUCGAAAAAAUUCCCAAUGAAUGUCAAGUACUUUCUAUAGGUAUAAAUUCGGAAAUAUACAUGGAAUGGGAUCUGGAAUCUCUUGAAAGUUUCUCGAAUCUCGAUAUUCUUCUGAAUCAUGUAAACUUCCAAAAGGGACUCUCGCUCAAUGGACCGAAGCUUUUGAUUCCUGAAAACUCAAAAAUGCUAGAAAUCGAUUGGUUGAAGGUUGAGAAUUCAGGAUCUUUUACAUCUUCUAUUCUGAGGAAAUUGAGAAAUAAGAUUGCUAACUUAUCUGAAGUUCAACUCAAUGAAACAGAAGUAAAUGGAUAUCUUUGGGACCUGAAACAGGGAAAUGGAAACGAAAAAUUACAAAUUAUGACGAUUCAAAAAGAAAAUGGAAAAUGGAAUGAAGAAGAAGUGAUAGAAGGAUUGAAUACAUAUCGAGUGGGAAAACAGAUUUAUUAUUUGGAAAACUACGACCCGCUCAUCGAAUCCGAAGACUUCCUGCCCUAUCACUCUGAAAACAGAAUCUGCAUCUCCGAUUCUUAUGAAUUUAGAAGAGCCGACGGAAUCAGAUGCACAAUCGAAAUCCGAUACUCAACGAUUCAAAUUUUUGUUUGUAAUCAGUAA